UAUGAAAUUUCUGUUGGUUUUUGAUUUUGACCAUACAAUCGUAGAUGAAAAUAGUGAUACCUGGAUUGUGAAAUGUGCUCCUGAGAAAAAACUUCCUAAUGAAUUAAGAAAAUCCUACCGACCAGGACACUGGACAGAAUAUAUGGGCAGAGUCUUUGUCUACUUGGGAGACAAUGGCAUCACAGAAGAUGAGAUGAGAAGAACUAUGACAACAAUUCCUUUCACUGCGGGAAUGGUAGAUCUUCUGGGUUUUAUUGGCGAGAACAAAGAGUUGUUUGACUGCAUAAUUGUUUCAGAUUCUAAUACAGUAUUUAUUGACUGGAUUUUGAAAGCUGCUGACUUCCAUAAGGUGUUUGAUGAAGUGUUUACAAACCCUGCAGCAUUCAGCAGUACUGGCUAUCUUACUGUACAGAACUUCCAUGCUCACCAUUGUGCAAAGUGCCCUAAAAACCUUUGCAAAAGGAGAGUUUUAAAAGAAUUUCUAGAUAAACAGUUGGAGCGAGGAGUAAGUUACACACGGAUUGUAUAUAUAGGUGAUGGUGGGAAUGACUUAUGUCCAGUAAUGUUUUUGAAGAAGGAUGAUAUUGCUAUGCCUAGGCAGGGGUAUACCUUGGAGAAAAAGAUUUCUCAGCUGGCCCAAAAUCUCAGUCCUGUAGAGUGUUCUGUUCUUGUUUGGUCAUCUGCUGCUGAAAUUAUGUCUCAUCUGAAAGUGCUUAUAAAGGAGUAAUUCAAAUGAUAAAAGGAAACUAAUACAGUUAUAUUUUAUCUUCCUGGGAGAGGAAAACUGCAUGUGUAUAAAAGCACAAAAUUGUAAA